AUGUCUGGAGGCCGUUACGGGGACGUGAUGUCGGCCUGGCGCAUCGGCCCCCCGCCGCCCAACGGAGCGGCCUCCGCCCAGCAGGGGGCGGCCUGGCAGGCGGAGGGGUCGGACCUGCCCCUGCAGUCGGAGCUGGUGCCCAUACAGCAGGCGCUGAUGCCGCCGGCCCUGGCGGAGGCGUUCUGCAUACCGGUGGUGAGCGUGCCCUUCUGCAGCCGCGGCGCCUACGAAGCCGAGAUGGGGCCGAGGGAGGAGUGCGCGCCGGCGGUGGGGACUGGGCCCCUGGGAGGGGUGCCAGCGGAGGUCCAGGCGCAGGCAGCGCCGCUGGAUCCCUGGAUGCACGUUCCAGGCAUGCCGCCCUACCUGUUUCCUGGCGGCGGUAUAGGCAGGGGAUUCAUUCCCGGGGGCGACGGGACACCCCCCUUGCCCCAGGUGCCAGGAGUGUCGCUGCCCCUGGCGCCGGGGGCGAUCAAUCCGGGCCGGGGGGCGGGCUUCUCGGGCCUGAACCUGCUCCCGCAGAUGGCCCCGGAAGAUGUGCUGCAGCGCGGGUGCGGCAGGGAGGGGGAGGUUGUGCCAGCGCUGGCGAGGCUGCCUGUGGCGGAACCUGCACCACAGUGGAAGGGCCUGCCCGGGCUGGGCACUGGACAGGAGCAGCAGCAGCAGCAGCAGCGGUGCAGUCCGGAGGGGAAGCCCCAGAGGCGCACGCGUGUGUUCUGGACCUCUGAGCUGAAGAAGAGGUUUGAGAACGCGGUAGGUGACCUAGGGCUGGACCACGCGACGCCCAAACAGAUACUACGGCUGAUGAGUGUGGAGGGCCUCACCAGGGAGAACGUGGCCAGCCACCUGCAGAAGUUCCGGGUGAAGCACAAGAAGGUGGAGGACCAGGCGAGGCACAAGAAGGUGAACAGCGUGGCGUCGGGUGGAUCCACGCCAGGGAGCCCGGGGGGGGCGAGGAGCAAGAACGACGAGACUGUGGAUGAGGACGAGCCGGAGGCGAGCCAACCGGCGCAGGCUGGGGAGCAGCAAGAGACAUCCGCCUGCAAUGUGCCUCCUGUGGGCAUGGAAGAGGAUGGGUGUACAUAG